AGCAUCUCCAUGCUCGAGCUGGCCGGGGCCUCUUUACGGCCUAAAGGGCCGUACUCGGGGCCUGGUGCUCGUCCAGCGCAAGCGCCAUGCCGAAGCCCUCGCUGCGGCCGAUGUCGAGGGGUGGCUCUCACGCCUGGGAAAAGGAGGAUCUCGCCUCCCAGAGCGGACCCCUGCAGCUGCUAGAGGCCAUCGCCACCCGCGACAUGUCGCGAUCCCAAGGCUUGUUGAUGGCCAAAGUGGACGUGAACGCCGUCCAGGACCGCUAUGGGCGGAGCGCCUUACACCUCGCGGCGCUGCAGGGGGUGGUGGGCUUGUGCCGGAUGCUGGUGAGUCAUGGGGCUGACACUGACACCCAGGACGGCGCGGGGAACACGGCGCUGCACGUGGCGGUGAUGAACUGGCAGAAUCUCAUGAUCCGGAUCCUGGUGGAAGCGCAGGCCUGCACCAACAUCCUUAACCGCGGCAACGAGACGCCCUUGAUGCUGGCGGUGAACGCGGGCAACAUGCAAGCGAUGCAGCUGCUCCUGGAGUUUCACGCCCAGGUGGACAUCGACCCCGAAAACUUAGCGGGCGGCGCUGGCUCUGUGCUGCUGCGCGCCGUGCAGCGGCAGGUCCUCUGCGAGCUGGUGGAGCUGGUGGUGGCCGCAAAGGCCAUUUUAGACGCGCAGGACGAAGAUCAGAACAGCCCGCUGCAGCUGGCCAUCCAACUGGGCGACACCCGGGUGGCGCGGUUGCUCCUGGCCAGCCGCGCGGACGUCGAGUCCUGCAACCGCUACGGGCGCUCGGCGGCCCACGUGGCGGCGGCGGCGGGUUCAGUACGUGCAGUGCGGAUGCUCAUGGACUACCGCGCCGACUUGAACAAGAAGGACAGCCAAGACCAGGUCCCUUUGCAGUUGGCCAACUCCGCCACGCAGAAGGCCCUGCGCGAGCUGGGGGCCUACUUCCCCAGCCGCCCGUGCUCCCCAGAAGGCACCCCCAUGUUGGUGGAAGGGGCCGAGUGGGCGCUUGGGCCAAAAGGCGGUGGCAUUUAUCCUGCGGGCCGGUUCAAGAUUGAGGAGAUCAAGGACAUCGCGAAGCGACCGUCCUCCCGGCAACUCAACGCCCAGCGCAGCCUGCCGUCCUUACACGGCAAACAGACCUUGCCACAGCUCGGCCGCAAGGCCAGCGAUUCUAACCUGAAGCUGGCUUGGAAUUUGGACAGUUGGUCCAGAAACGCGGCCAGCGGCCUUCCGGGGGAUGAGGGCGCCGGCAUCGCCACGUGA